CUAUAACGACUCCUCUUCGUAUUUUCCCACCAUUCCCUCCUCUGUUUUGCUUAAACGGAACAAGAAACUACUUCACUUUUUUCUGUUUAUCAAACCAAAAUUUCUUUAAUGGCCAAUUCUCUUCGCUCAUUUCAUUCCUCUACCAGCUUAGUCUCAGAUUCAGCUCACUCCCGCCCGGAAAAAUUUAAGCUUUUGACGAGCUCUCGAUCCGUCUCUUUCCCCUCACAGUUGAAGCACAAUUUGUCUCUUUCUGGAGGCGUAGAGAGUAGUAGAAUAUUGAGGAAUGUACGGGCUUGCAAUGCAGAAAUGCAAGUUGACAUCUCUUUGAGUCCUACAGUUAACGCAGUUAAGCCUUCAAAGACUGUGGCCAUAACAGACCAGGCCACUGCGCUUGCUCAAGCUGGUAUACCCGUUAUUCGUUUGGCUGCAGGUGAGCCUGAUUUUGAUACCCCAGCUGCUAUAGCAGAGGCUGCGAUAACUGCAAUUCAUGAAGGUUACACAAGAUACACUCCAAAUGCAGGUACUUUGGAACUUCGUUCAGCAAUUUGUCAUAAGCUAAAAGAGGAGAAUGGGUUAUCAUAUGCACCUGAUCAAAUCUUGGUUAGCAAUGGAGCCAAACAGAGCACCCUUCAGGCACUCCUUGCUGUUUGUUCCCCAGGAGACGAGGUAAUAAUUCCAGGUCCAUUUUAUGUUAGUUACCCAGAAAUGGCAAGGAUAGCUCAUGCAACACCUGUGAUUCUGCCAACAAAAAUUUCUGAAAAUUUUCUCUUGGAUCCAAAACUUCUUGAAUCAAAGCUAACUGAGAAGUCAAGACUUUUGAUUCUAUGUUCUCCAUCCAACCCAACAGGAUCUGUUUACCCCAAGAAUUUGCUUGAAGAGAUUGCAAAGAUUGUUGCUAAACAUCCCAGGCUUCUGGUGCUGUCUGAUGAAAUAUAUGAACACAUAAUUUAUUCACCAGCAACUCAUACAAGCUUUGCGUCUUUGCCGGGCAUGCAAGAAAGGACUUUGACUGUUAAUGGGUUUUCUAAGGCCUUUGCAAUGACCGGUUGGCGACUUGGAUACAUUGCCGGCCCUAAGCACUUUAUUGCUGCUUGUAAUAAGCUCCAGAGUCAGUUUACUUCGGGUGCCUGUAGCAUAUCUCAAAAAGCAGGAGUUGCUGCAUUAGGUUUGGGCUAUGCAGGUGGGGAGACUGGCUCCACUAUGGUUAAAGCUUUCAGGGAGCGGCGUGAUUUCUUGGUCAAAAGCUUUGGAGAACUGGAUGGGGUUAAAAUAUCAGAACCUCAGGGAGCUUUCUAUCUCUUCAUUGAUGUCAGUUCUUAUUAUGGAUCAGAGGCCAAGGGUUUUGGGAAAAUUGAAAAUUCUGAGUCUCUCUGUCGAUAUUUGUUAGACCAUUUUCAGGUUGCGUUGGUCCCGGGAGAUGCAUUUGGGGAUAACAAUUGUAUCCGCAUCUCCUAUGCUGCAUCCCUCGCCACCAUACAAGCUGCCAUGGAGAGAAUUAAGAAAGCACUUGCCGUGCUUAGGCCUGCAGUCCCUGUUUAACAAAGAUGAACACUAAUGCAAAAGGUUACCAUUCUUGUACUUGAUGGAAUUCAAGAUGUGUAAUUGUUAAUGAUUAUUUUCAAAUAAUGUAGGCUUGUAAAGUAGGUUUUUUUUUUUUCCUUCCCUGGGCAGUGGCUUAUGUAUACAUUGAUGAAAGAACAAUUGUUUGGCCGGUCUGGUAAUAAAAUAUGUUAAAUUUUAUAUAAUGUUUU